CUGUGGAGAAGGGAAUUAAAUUCAAGAUGGCGGCCAAAACGCGAAGCGGCGGAACUCAGCGUGUUCUGCAGAAACUAAAUAAGUCGAUAGAGGAUGGAGAAUACUAUGAAGCCCAUCAGCUUAUAAGGACGCUGUACUUUAGGUAUAUUUCCCAGAAAUGCUAUGAUGAAGCUAUUGAGAUAGUUCACAAUGGGGCUUGCUUAUUCCUGAAACACAAACAGGAAGGAAGUGGCAAUGAUCUUGCUUUGCUGAUGCUUGAAUGCUUCCGCACAGCAGAGGUACCUGUUGGACACGAUGCCUUGGAUAAAAUUAGAAGUCUAUUUGAACUUUAUGAGCCCGGUUCAUUGGACAGAUAUGGUUUUAUAAGAGAAGCAAUUAAAUGGACAUCUGAUACAGAUUCAUCCCUUAAAUAUGGUCAUCCUGAUCUUCACCUUGUAUGUGCACAUAUAUUUUGGAAAGAGAAAAACUUCAGUGAUUCACAAUAUCACUUUCUGUUUACUUCGGAUGGGCAACAGUGUGCAACAAUGCUGGUGGAAAAUGCUACGACACUUGGCUUUCCAGGAGAGGCAGAUUUAUUUGUCACACAAGCAGUUCUACAGUUUCUUUGCCUACAGAACCUCAUGACUGCCAACUUAGUGUUCUUCAAAUAUACAGCACAACAUCCAGAUUUCUCUGGAACUGGACCACCAUACCAAAAACCCCUUCUUAAUUUUGUGUGGUUCUUGCUUCUAGUUAUAGAAAGGAAAGGAUCUUUAAGUCAGUUUACAGUGCUGUGUGAAAAAUAUCAGCCCUCCAUAGAAAGAGAUCCAGUAUAUAAAGAGUAUUUAGAUAGGAUUGGACAGCUCUUCUUUGGUCUCACUCCAAAGCCUUCAAACAAAGGAAUGAUGGAGGGAAUUAUUGGUGACAUAAUGCAGACACUGAUGGGUGAAGGGAACAGUGGCACAUCAGCAUCUAACACAACCAUUGAGUCAGAAGAAGUGGACUAAUAGUAACUCAUGUAUAUCAAAGGGUUUUUUAUAUCAACGACCAUUAACAAACAUAGGCUGAGAUUGGUGGUAGAAGGUCGUGGUUUAUCGCUCUGUACAGUGACAAAGACUGACUGAUAACGCCAUCUUCCAAGCUGCUCAGUUAUGCCUCAAGGCCUCGUUUUCCAGUUGGACUUGUGUUAACCUGACACAAGUGGAAAAGGAAAAGGAAAUAGAAGUACAAAGACUACCAAAUUUUCUCCAGUUCACUAGAAAACUGAGUUUGUUUUUCUUUCUUUUAAACAUAGGAACAUAGAAAUUGACUGUAGCAAAUAGUCUUGAAAAGAUGGGCCAUUUGGGUUGAUCUUUACUGAAUGGCUCAAAUAGUUUCUGGCCCUUAUUAUUGAAAAAAAAAAGAGUAAUACGAGUAUCCCAAAAGCCAUCACACCAGCACUGUGCCGUAGGUGUACUUCAUGUCACCAAGCAGCUUAAGAGCUUUAGACCACAGGCUCAAUCUUCUUGAACAUUGGAUUUGGACCAUGAAAAGAGGCACUCAUUCCCUUGACUGUAGAGGUCAGAGUGACAGUCUGUUAGAGAUAGAAAGUUUUUACUAAUACCUUUAACUUGAUGAGUUAUAUUUGAAAAAAAUAUAAAUAAAAUAAAAUAUGCAUUGGAAAUUAGGAACAGUUGGAUUGUUCAUAUAUUUUUACCACAAAGCUGAAAAAGUGUAAAAUAAAUAGCAUUGUUUUGUGGUGAAA